CUUUGUUUGUUUCGAAUGAAAACCAACGGAAAGAAAAUAAAAGGAAGGAAGUGGGAGGGAAAAGAUGUAUUUUCCCUUGUUUGUUUGGAAUGAAAUUUUUAAUGGAAAACUAAAAUAGUUUAGAAUUCAGAGUGGGUCCCACUCAAAUUUUUUCACUCCCACUAUGGACGGAAAACAGAAAGGAAAAGAAAACCCAAAAGCAUUAUCUCAUAUUUGCCCUUUCAUAAAAAAAAAAACGGAGAACAAAAAAUAGAAGAGUUCUUCUGCAAAAAUGGCGAUUUUGAGCAUCACAUAGAAGCGUUCAGGUUCUACUUCCACCACAGAAUCAAAGCGUAUUUCUUCUUCAAUCUUGCUGUUACAAUCAACAUUGCACUACAAUUAUUCUCAGUCUAAGUUUACACAAACAGGUUAAGGCCUAAUGGCAAAAAAGAUGGCAUCUCAAGGUGACACAUCAAGCAAAGACAAUUUAAGAUGGACCGAAGAAAUGGAUGCAGCUUUUCUUGAUGCUUUGAUAGAGGAAUGUAGCAAAGGAAACAGAGUUGAUGGUACUUUUACAACAACUGCAUAUGACAACGUCCUUGCAACUCUAAAAGCUUCGUUCGGAAACCAUCUUCGUAAAGAUAAUCUUAAGAAUAGACUGAAGACUUUGAAGGAUCACUUUGGAGUUUGUUAUGAUCUGUUUCAUAACUUAAGUGGAUUUUCAUGGAAUCCAGAUACCAAACUCUUUACCGCUGAACCUGAAGUUUGGGCGGAUUUAAUUAAGGCAAGACCAGAUGCAAAAAAGUGGAUGCGAACUCCCAUUAAACAUUAUGAUAAACUAUAUUUUAUAUACGGUCAAGACAGAGCAACUGGAAAUCUUGCUGGAAGUGCCAAGGAAAGAAACAAAAGUAUGGCCAAGAUGAAGGAGCCAAUUAAUUUGAAUGAUGAUGAAUAUCAGGGGUUUGACUGUGAGUGGAAUGAUUGGCAGCCUACUACUCAUUCAACUAGCUUUGUUGCAGAGGAAAGCCCAAAUUUAGGUAACUCAAACCAAUCUAACGGAACACAAGAGAAUCAUAGAGGUGCUAAGCGUAAAGCACCAAUGAGUGGUUUAUUUGAAGCUGAUAUGGAACGAAUGAGUAAAGGUAUCCAAGGAUUGACAGAUAUGUUGAAGGAUGGGAAUAGUUAUUAUGAUAAAUCACUUGAUAUUGCUACGAAGCAAGCAUUAACUGCUGAAAGGCAAGCGGAAACAGCUGAAAAACAAGUUAUGCUAGCUGAAAGACAAGUUCUGAUAGCUGAAGAACAAAUUCAAGUUGCCAAGAUGCAAGCUCAAGCUGUUGAGAGAGGAAUUACAUUCUUAGAACAAAGUAGGACUCGAGUUUACUCUGAAAAUGAUGUGUACAACGAGUUAAAGAAAUUGGGUGUUGUCAAAGAGAUCUUUUGGAGUUGCUAUCGUUUUCUCUGUAGAGAUGAAAGAGCAAAACGAGAAUUUUUUGGUGUUCCCUUUGAAGAUCGCCAUGGUGCAUUAUACGACUUAAUGAAGGAAGCUGGUGCAAUUUAAGAGGAACGCAAUCAGUAAUGGUAAUAUAUAUUUUGUGCAUGUUUAUGAUUUUAGGAUCUAAUGUUGUAUAAUCAUAGUAAAGCCUCUAUAUUUUGUAAUUAAUAUACUCAUCAAAGUCUUAAAAGAGGUUUACGGUUGGUAUAGGCUUAUGCAUUUUGAAUAUAUAGUUAUAUAUCUUGCUUAUUGACUGAAAUGUAUAUUUAAUCCAUCAGGAAG